ACUUGGACAUUUAGAGAUUUAAUUUCACAGAGACGGAACCAUGACCUGUUCUAAGGUCCGUGAUUGUUCUUUUUUUCACAGACCAUUUCGCUUUCCACAAACGCCAUUGUGGUUCAUAAUGCACUGCUUGACACUACAAACUCUCUCGCUACGUAGUAAAUACAACCUACGCAUGAUGACUUUGAACAUCUAUCCUGGGAAAAUUCCCACAGGGUACAGUCUCACGACUCCAAGGACAACACUGUCAGGCAUACCUUGGUUUGGAAGGUCAUGAAUUGGGAAACGCGAUGUUUUUGUAUUGUUUUGAUUGUUGUUUUUCAAAACGCAAUUUGUUCCAAAGUGAUCAGUUUCGUGAAAAGGAAUUUUGCUAUUCCACCUGUCUUAGAGCAUCCACAACAUCUACAGAUUCAGCGGGUGUCAAGUCUUCUGGAGUGUGCCCGGUCCUGUUCGGUGACCACACCGUGUCACGAGUUUCAGUUUUCAAGGACCAGUAGCACGUGCAUCACGAGAUCCACGCUUGUUGUCAAUGGCGGCCUGCUCGAUAACGUCACUGGUCUGUUUGACGUGUUUAGUCGGAACCCCAGAGCUCCGACUUCCUGCUCUGCCAUCAAGGCGAGUGACCAUACAGCGUCAGACGGCGAGUACUACAUCUACCCCACCGCCUCCCAGUUCCAGGGUGUGACGGUGAGGGUCUACUGUUUGAUGAAUGAUACGCACCAGCUGGAGUACGUCACCCUGCCUCACAGGAACUUUGGAGAAUUCCCCAACAAGUCCAACCCAACGUGCACCAAAGAAUAUCCGUAUUUACGUGGUAACGGUGUUGGGCAUAACAAAAUAUUCGAUUUCCGGAAAAUCAGAGUUGAUCCAUCCACCAUGACAGUGACGAGAGACGAUUACACAUUCGCAGUGUCUACGGGCAAUAGCGGCAAGUACGGCAAUGCUGCAGACUGUUACACAGAUAAAGCUUCGUGUGGACCUAUUGGAAACUUCCACAUCAACACACUCGGCACCGGGAUGAAGUUUAGUGACAGCCUGACGUGGUGGGCCUCUAAGUUGACAGCAAAGGUAACCCGGCAAGAGAACGGUGCCAUCAUUGACGUGGUGUGUGGGGGCUACUGUGGCUACUGUCGUCCUGAGGUGGACAUGGUGCUGCAUCCACAGGACAACUAGCAUCUUCAUCAUGACGUCAGCGUGAAGGAGAGAAACGGCAGUUUUGUGGUUAGCCCGUGGUUCAAAAUGUAUGCCACCAGUUUCUGAGGUUGUGAUGCCGCUUCUCACUCAACAAACCGACACCAUGCACGCUCUCACUCACUCACCAACCACUACACUCACACACCCGCUCACCUACCCACCCAAUCACUCACCCACCUACCGUUAUAUUCACUAACCACUCAUUCAGCUCAGUUACUCACCAACUCAACCAUAGCUACACUCACACACUCACUCACCCACCGCGUUUUACAAUGGAUGUAUUGGAAACUUACAGGGUAGAAACCGGUUAUCGAAAAGAAAAUCCAAACAAAACCUUUUUCAUUUUGAUUUGAAUCUAUGUGCCUGGUAGUUUGAAUGUGAUAUACUAUUUGCUGUCUUAAAUAAACAGUUCUGUAC